AUGGGCGUGCAGCGCUCCGGAGCCCGUGGUCGGCCCGGGCGCAGCCCGUACGAGCGGCUGCGCAAGCAGAGCCGGGGCAGCAACCUCAAGGACAUCCUGCAGAACAAGAUCGACGACCUGGAGAAGCAGGUGCUGUCGCGCGUGAACAGCCUGGAGGAGGGCAAGUUCGGCCCCCGGAACGAGUCCGAGGAGCGCGGCAAGAUCGAGAGCACCCUCACCUCGCUGCACCAGCGCAUCAGCGACCUGGAGAAAGGCCAGAAGGACAACCGGCCCACGGACAGGUUCCAGCUCACGUUCCCGCUGCGCACCAACUACAUGUACGCCAAGGUGAAGAAGAGCCUGCCCGAGAUGUACGCGUUCAGCGUGUGCAUGUGGAUGAAGUCCAGCGCCUCCCCCGGCAUGGGCACCCCCUUCUCCUACGCCGUGCCCGGCCAGGCCAAUGAGCUCGUGCUCAUCGAGUGGGGCAACAACCCCAUGGAGAUCCUCAUCAAUGACAAGGUGGCCAAGCUGCCCUUCGUCAUCAACGACGAAAACAGCUCCUUGCAGGAUAUUUCUGUUCACCCUUAUGUCACACCUGUGGGCGGCAGCGCUUUGCUGAUCACAGGGACCGGACACGGGCCAAAUCCCCGGUGA